UGACACUUCUCCUUCUCAAGUUGUCAAUUAUGAUUCAGUCUUUGGCCCAAUACUAGAACUGUUUAAAAGACUACGUUCAAGGGAAACACCCUGGAGCAAACAUGGCACCCUCGGCGAGCACCGCCAAGUCCAGGCAACGAAAGUCGACUAACACCGUACUUGACGAUUCUGGUUCCGACGACGACUACCAAGCAUACAAUUUGCGACUUCAGGAAGCCAGCGCGGCUAGAGCACGUCUCAAAAAGGCGAGAGAAGAGCGCGAUAAGAAACGCAAGGCCUUGCUCUCAGCCUAUCAAGGCGCGCUCACGUCCAUCCAAGACCGCGUAAGGAAGUCAGUUUCCAAGUACCAUGAUCUCCAUUCAGCCAUGCACAUCUCCCGUCUGUUAAGACUCAAGGAAGCAGUAGAAGCCAGCGAUCAAAAGCAGACCGCCAUUGCCAAGAAGCUGGCCGAUGUGCAGCGCAUCAUGAGCAACCACAGUAUCCAGCUCUGCGCCUUGUACGAGGGUCGUCGAAAAGACUUGGCUGUUAUGUUACCCCGUGCCAAGCCUGAGAAGCCUGCGGAGGAUGGUGCUGGUGCUGCUGCUACUUCUGAGGUGGACAGGUUGUCGGGCCAGUAGCUGCUGCCUGAGGGUGCGCAGGGAUUCAUGGUCUCGAAGGAAGCUUCAUCAAAAUCGGCGGCUGCUGAUGGUGAAGAUUGGUAUGAGGGAGGAGUGGGAGGCUGCUAACGCUUUGUGCUGAACUCGAUGAUGGUGACAAUGAAUUCGUCACUGUGUGUUGGGUGGUCGCAUUUGACGGGCACAGUGGCCUCGGGUCGUAAUCUCGUAUGCUCUGGAUUGAGAAAAGAGAACAAGUAGAACAGAAUGAGGACUGUUAAAAUCAGCAAGACAAGAUAGUUCGUACACCACCGCGCUGAGUUAAAGGCCAUGGAGAUUGCCAC